AUGAAGAACCGGCCUACUUCCGGCCCUACCUCGCUGAGCUUUGCAGUAGGCGGCAUUCGCGGAACUGGCUUUGGUAUUGCCCAAGCUAAGGACGCUAUUGAGGACGGGCCGAGGCAGUUGGCCUUCGAGAUGAUCACAUCGUUGGCCGAGAAGAAGGCCAAGAUGUGCAUGAAGGUCCCUAACUUCAUCACUGAUGCCGUGAAGACCUGCCUUAUUUUCAUGCUUGAGAUAGAUGGUGAUGGUGACGACACAGAGGCUUGGUGCAAGAGGUUUGCCGACCAGGACGAUGAUGAGGAUGUCACUAAUUACGAGGUUGGCGAGGAGAACAUAGACCGUUUUGCCCAGGCCCUUGGUGCUGAGAAGACCUUGCCGGUUGUGUUCCAAGCUGUGGCUGAGUUCGUCAGACUUGGAACGUGGAAACACAAGGUGGCUGCUAUCAUGACGCUUAGUCAAGUGGCUGAGGUCGUUGAGGAGGAAACUCAGAUGGACGAGAUCGUCAAGCUGUUGCUACAACACAUGAACGACCCGCAUCCUCGCGUGCGGUAUGCGGCCCUACAUGCUAUGGGCCAGACGGCUACUGACUGCACUCCGUAUGUGCAGGAGGCUUGGGCUCAGGAGGUUUUGACUGCCUUAGAGACGGCGAUGGACGACCCCAUUCCUCGGGUGGCCUCCCAUGCUUGUGCGGCCUUCGUGAACUACGCUGAGGAUGUGGAGCAGGAGGCCCUCAUACCGCACGUUAAGAUCCUUAUGGAAAAGCUCUACCGCAAGCUGCAGAUGGAUCAACCGAGACAGAUCCGCGAACAAGCCAUCACUGCUAUCGCGGUCAUCGCUGGUGUAUCGGAGUCGCACUUUGUUGACUACUACUCCCAUAUAAUGCCUCUUCUGAAGCAAACGGUCCAACAGGCUUCGGCUAAGGAAGAGAGGACCCUUCGAGGGAAGGCGUUUGAGUGUCUGUCUCUGCUGGGGUUGGCAGUUGGGAAGGAGGUCUUUGCUAAUGAUGCGGUCGAGGCUAUGCAAGCGAUAGUGUCAAUGUUGAGGGAACCGGAAAAGCACUUCGAAGAUGAUGACCCACUUAAGGGGUUUGUACUGGAGAGUUUACAAAGAAUUUCGAAGACCUUGGGCCCCGAUUUCGGCCAGUUUCUGCCGACUUUGUUGCCGCUGAUUCUCAACCAGUUCAACUUGAUGGCUGCUGAGGUUGACGAUGCUAGUGAGGAGCAAGAUAUGACUAUGAUAAUGUUGGCUGAGGGCAAGUGUGUGGGCCUGAAGACCAGCGCUAUCGAGGACUUGGCAUCAGCCUUGCAGACUGUCAACUGUUUUAUUGAGAACUGUGGACCGGCGGUUUAUAACCCGUACGUGAAGGAUACGGCAUUGAAACUGCGUCCUCUGUUGGACUUCCAGUUUGAUGAUGAGGUGAAGUCUUUGGCUGUGAAUGUGUGGUCUGAGUUGAUCUCAUGCGCGAGACGGGCUAAUGAUACUGCUACUGUCAAGGAUCUGUUGAACUCUUUCAUUGAGUCUAUGCUGAAAGCCAUGGCUCAGGAGGACGAGCUGGAGGUUCUUGAGGCUGAGGCUCGAGGUGUCGCUAGUUGUGUGAAAAACGCUGGCCCUGGUACUCUAUCGGAACAAGCUGUCUCGCGUAUAGUAGAGGUUUGCUUUACUCUUCUUAAGGAGUCCUUCAACCGCCGUGCUGAUGCUACAGCUGAGGAGGAGAGUGGCGAAUGUGAUGAGGACGAGGUCGACGAGAUCCGCAAUAUUAAGGAGAUGGAUGAGUGUGUGCGUAUUGCCAUCACGGAGAUUGGCGGUGCUCUUAUGAGGGAGCACAAGCAAUUGUUUGUCUCAACUGGUGGUCUACAGAAGUCGAUUGAAUUGGUGCAAAAGUUGAUCGAUACGCGAUGCAUGGCUCAGGAUAGGUGUUUAGCCCUCUACAUUGCAUGUGACUUCUUGGAGUGCCUUGGACCUGAUUCAGUCCAGGCUUGGAGUAUCUUCAUGGAGCCGAUGGUCGCGGCCAUUACUGACAACAACCCCUCAGUUCGACAGGCGGCCGCCUAUGGUGCUAAUGUGGCGUGCAACAUACCCCAAUUUGGUGACAUCUCUGGAACGGCCGCGGCCCAGUUGUACAGGGCCAUGCAGAGAGCAGAUGCUCGUAGUAAGGAUAACAUUGCUGCAAAUGAGAACGCAGUAGCAGCGUUGGGAAACGUGUGUGAGAAAUUCGAGCAACGGUUGGGAAAUGACGCUGGAAAUUAUUGGGCUGCCUGGAUCAAGAACUUACCUCUGAAGCAGGAUGAGGACGAGGGAAAGAAAACGCAUGCGCAGUUGGUCCGCCUUGUGAAGGAACAACGGCCUGGGGUCCUCGGAGCGAAUAACGGCAACUUGGGCAGUAUAGUACACGUAUUAGCACUAGUGUAUAAGAAGGACUACAGCAAUGCUUUGAUCGAUAGGGCUAUCUGUGAGAUCCUUGCGGGCUUGGGCGAGGCUACUAUAGGAGGCCUUCAAGGGUCCUUGAAUGAUAAGUCCAAGAAGGGCGUUAUGAGGAUCCUUAAUGAUGCUAAGAGCAUGUAACUGCGGCGGUUGGAAAGUUGACUGUAUUGUCGUUGUGGAAAGGAAGUAGUUUAUAUCGAACGGAUGACGAUGAUGUCAAUAGUUACUACUGUGUUCUUAACCGUUUCCUUGUCUCCUUAUCGUCCCGAACAGCUUCUUAGUCAUUGUGAUCAAUAACAGAAGGAGUAUUUACUAUUGGCUACUACAAACUGACGUACUCUC